ACAAAUGGAUCCCAAAGCCUCAUCCCUUGCCUCUCUCGCUCUCUUGCUAGCUCUAUGCUUCACCUCCUCCGUCACCGCUUUCAACAUCACCAAAAUCCUCUCCAACUUUCCCGAUUUCUCCACUUUCAAUGAUCUCCUCACCAAGAGUGAACUCGUCGGACCCAUCAACAAGCGUCUCACCAUCACCGUCCUCGCCGUUGAUAACAGCGCUAUCUCGUCCGUCACCGGCAGACCCACUGAGGAACUCAAGAACAUUCUCAUGAAUCAUGUUGUCCUCGAUUACUAUGAUGAUCUUAAACUCAAAGGCAUAAAAGGUAAAAGCACACUCCUCACCACCCUUUUCCAGACAACCGGAGUGGCUCAGCAGCAGAAUGGGUUUCUCAACUGUACUAAAACUGAGUCAGGGAAGGUCUUGUUUGGAUCUGGAGUGAAGGGUUCACCAUUGAAUGCAGAAAUGGUCAAGCCAGUUUUCCAACAACCUUUUAACAUCUCAGUAAUUGAGGUGAGCAUGCCCAUUGUUGCUCCAGGAAUUGGAGCUCCUGUGCACGCACCACCUCCUCCACCAUCGACACCACCACCGGCACCUGCUCCCGAAACUGAUUCACCCAUUGAGGCUCCUUCACCUUCUGAUGAAGAUGACACUGUUAGCCCAGUUGCUGCACCCGAGCCAUCCGCAGAUGAUAUCUCUCCUUCUCCAGAUUCAGAUUCUGAUGCACCUGCUUCCGGGCCUAGCACUGACUCCCUUUCACCGGCGGCCGACGAUGCAGAAGAUCAUUCUGGUUCCUCUAAGAUCAGCUCUACCUUCGGCAUUGCUGCAGCUAUAAUCUGUUUGGCUGCUAGCGUUGCUACAGUAGGGUUUUAA